AUGAAGAAGACAGAAGACAACAAACUCACUGUGUUCAUUGUGAAUGUCAAGGUCAACAAGCACCAGCGUACGCAGGCUGUGGAGGAACUCCAUGACACUGAUGUGGCCCAAGUCAAUACCCUACCAAGGCCUGCCAGAGAGAAGGAGGCCUGUGUUUGGCAGGCUCCUGAUUAUGAUGCUCUGGAUGUUGCCAAGAAAACUGGGAUCAUCGGCACAUCUCCUAAGCCCGUCUGGUACCAAGCGGGCAGCGGGUCGACCGCCCACAUCCAUCUGCCUCCCUCGUACCGCGGAAGCUGCAACUGGUUCGACUGUGGGUUAGGCGGCCUGUUUGGCUCCGGGGGCUCGGCUGUCACUCGGGGCCGAGAGCGGGGGACACGAGUGUGGCCGGGGCACGUCCCCUCCCUGCGAUCUAGGCAUUCACACUCCCAGCCCGGGCAGCGGCGGCCGAGCCCUAGGCCGGGCCUGCGUGGCCGCGCGAGGUGGGCGCGGGAUCGAGACCGCGGGGUCCGGGCUCGGGGGAAACCGCUGCCGUGCGCCGUCAGACGCAGGCCGGCCAGGCCCAGGCCGCAGUGUGUUCCCAGCCCCGCCGCCGUUGCCAAGGCGACCGCCGCCGAAGAUUCCCGCGCCGGGCUCCGCCCCCCGGCCAAUCGGACCGGCGCUCGCCCGAGCCCAGAUUCUCUUUGUUCCGCAGCCAUUUCAGGCCCCGGACGGGAGGCAGCGCCGCUUCGGCAGAAGGCCCGAGCGCCGGAGGCCUCUGGGAUGGUGUGGGACCGGGAAGCCAAUGGAAGAUGUUGAGCAAUGUCAUGUUACAGAUAAGAAGCACAAAACAGUGAAGGAGAGAAGGGGAAAACAUUUUUUAAAAAUGAAGGAGAGGACAAGGUCAGUUAGAGGAUUAUAGUACUAUCGGGGAAAAAUUAACCUGCUAGGACGUGGCUUUACUAACUCAAGUUGUUAAACCAUUAAUCUAGUAGUAGAGUCGAUGAGAAUCCUCUCCUUCACCAAGCCUUUCAUAGGUUUGCUUAUUAAAAUUAAUUAAGUUAAUGCUUUAGUUUUAUUGGUUUUGUUCGAGAAUUUAAUUGUAAUGAAACUGUGCCAUUGAUAACAGUCGCCUCAGUUUGCUCUAGCAGAUGCAGCUCACACUUGAAUUCCCGGUCUCCACCGAUUAACCUUUGCAGUGAUGUGCUCAGCUUUAGUGAGGGCAGAUAAUACACCUCACUAGGUUUUAGAAUCAAGUGGAGGGUGACCGGUGAGACUACUUGACCAGAAUUAAACACUACCCCAUUGUAAACUACAUGAUUUUUCUUGUUUUUCCUUCUUCCCACAGCCCUUUGUGGAAGGCAGUUAUUUGGUGAUGGAAUUUAUUUCACUUACUGAGUUCCUAAGUUGAGGUUUAUGAAAGGAUGCAUGUUUUCCAUCGACGUUCUUCAAAGGUUGCAUUUAAUGUUUUUGAGGUGUGGUUAUGAUUGCAAAGCGCCCUUAAUAUUUUAUUUGAACGACUAAUAUAGUUUUUAUAUUAAGUUGAAGUUCAAGUGCUUUUCUUUUCACUGUUGAGCUGUCAGGGGAGUUACCGGCGUCUCCCCCAGUCCAGUCGCUGUCGUUAUUCCACCACGCUUAUUUAAAAUAACGAGCCGAAUCCGAUUUCUACAGGGGCUGCUUUCGCAAGGCUUGCUUUGGAGUAGCCUUCAGUGUACCUAGCCUGGCUGAAUGAGUUGGGCUGGACUGAGAGCGCUCCGUGGCACUAGGACCCAGGGGGCUCCCGUGAGCGGAUCUUGGGGCCAGAUUGCAAAUUCGCGGUGACUCAGUCUGGUCGGCUCCUGGCGCUCGAGGCGGCCGCGGCGGCACAGGCACAGCGGACGUUGGCGCGGAGCUGCGGAGCGGUCCGGCCGGGCUUCGGGUCCGAGCCUCGG